AUACAAACGUUUAUUUACAAACAAGCAUUGUGUCAAUUCAGCUAAUAACUAUAAAUAAUACAAGUCAAGAUGUCAACUGCAGUAGCCGGUACUAGCGAAUUAACAUUUUUGAAUAAAACUGUGGCUGUAUCACCCUUGGUGUUAUUAUCAGUUGUUGAUCAUUAUAACCGUGUGGCCAAAGAUUCCAAGAAGAGAGUCGUUGGUGUCAUAUUAGGUGAUAACUCAACCGAUAAGAUCAAGGUCACUAACUCAUAUGCCAUUCCAUUUGAAGAAGACGAAAAAAACCCCAGUGUUUGGUUUUUAGACCACAACUUUAUAGAUUCAAUGGGGGAAAUGUUCAAGAAGAUCAAUGCCAAGGAAAAGUUGAUUGGGUGGUACCAUUCCGGCCCUAAGUUGAAACCAUCAGAUUUAAAGAUUAACGAUGUAUUCAGAAGAUAUACUGCCAACCCCUUGUUGUUAAUUGUCGAUGUUCAACCAAGAGAAGUUGGUAUUCCCACCGAUGCAUACUUUGCCGUGGAAGAUAUCAAGAAUGAUGGUUCAGCUGCAGAAAAAACAUUUGUUCAUGUUCCUUCAUUGAUUGAAGCAGAAGAAGCGGAAGAAAUCGGGGUUGAACAUUUAUUAAGAGAUAUCAGAGAUCAAGCUGCUGGCAAUUUAUCCUUGAAAGUUACCCAAACUUACCAAUCUUUAUUAGGAUUGCAUCAAAAGCUUCGAGAAAUUGCCAAUUAUUUGGAUAAAGUCUAUCAAAAGAAAUUACCUAUAAAUCAUACUAUAUUGGGCAAAUUACAAAAUGUGUUCAAUUUAUUGCCUAAUUUGGUACAACAGGGAAAUGUCGAAGCCACCAGUCCAUUAGCCACUGCCUUCACCAUCAAGACCAAUGACGAGCUCAUGGUUAUUUAUAUUAGCACUUUAGUACGAGCAAUUAUUGCCUUCCAUGAUUUAAUUGAAAAUAAAUUGGAGAAUAAGAAAUUGAAUGAAAAGAAAUCUCAAGAUUCUAAUCCUGAUAUUGAAAUUGACGAAAAGCCAACAGUUAGCGUAUAGAAUUAGUAGUUAGAUCAAGUACAACUAGAAACAAAUUCUAUGAAUAAUGCAGACCCCUCCAUCUCUACUAAAGCUAAAGCUCAAUAUUGAAGGUCUUGGACGUUUAGUUGCAGUUUUCAUCGCCUGAACAAUAUCUGGAUUGGAUGUGAGAAGUUACCAUGCGCAUCAACAUCCAACCUUAAUUGCUUAAUGGAUGUUUCAAGUUUGCCCUCUUUGUCCCUUGGAUCAGUGCGGUAAUCCAUAGGUUGUCCAUUUCUGACAAUAAAAUUGUAAAGCACAAUCGUGUCAUACCAUUUAACUGUCUACUGUUUUUCGUAGCAUGUUGCUGUGAGAACGGCAGUUAUUACUGCUAGUAUUUUUGUAGUUCUAAA